GCCAUUAACUGUACGAGUCGCCAAGAUAUCGGGCCGGAGAAUGUCUUCGAUUCAUUUGUGGAGACUUCUCAGUCAGUAUUUUUGUGCCCGUGAAGAAAUAAAGGUGCUGCUUGAGUAUGCUGUCUUACGUGAUAAUACUUAAUCUCUUGCUUGCUAUCCCAUGGGGAUUUGUAGUGGCUCAGGAGGAUCGACUAUGUGAGAUCCUUGAAUUUAAUGAUCCGGUGGAAUUUGAGGCCUGCGAUGAAUUUAUCGAUACGUUCUACGAAACUACAUAUGAUGAAGAGGUUGAUAGUCCGCCAAAACUAAGACCGGAAUCUGUAGGACUUCUAGCAGCGACUGGAAGUGCCUGUGUGAUGAUAAAUCAUGAAUUCACUUUAAGCGAGAAUUCUGGCCUCUACAUGCCUGUUUACUCCGAAAGAAAUACCAUAAGAGUUGAUUUUGUCGAUAUUACCGAUCAUGACAGUUUUGGAGUUUUUCCUAGAUCGGAAGAUUCAGUUUGGUUUGUGGAAGAUGUGUUAGAAAAUAUUGCACCAAGUGAGCAGAUCGACUUACCUGCAAAGUUUAAGGUAAAAAUCACAGCAGAAAAUCCUACAGGUGGAAAAAUAUACCUUGAUUUUAUUCAAAUUUUUAACACGGAAGAACCAGAUGAUGAAUGUAGUCCCAGAAUACCAUCUAUGACUGAAACACCUCCAACUGAGACGGAUAGUACAACAGAAGAACCAACGGAUUCUACAACAGAAGAAUCAACGGAUUCUACAACAGAAGAAUCAACGGAUUCUACAACUGAGGAACCAACGGAUUCUACAACAGAAGAAUCAACGGACACUACAACAGAAGAACCAACGGACUCUACAACAGAAGAAUCAACAGAUUCUACAACAGAAGAACCAACGGAUUCUACAACAGAAGAACCAACAGAUUCUACAACAGAAGAAUCAACAGAUUCUACAACAGAGGAACCAACGGAUUCUACAACAGAAGAACCAACGGAUUCCACUCCAACAGAAGAAACUGAAGAUCCUUCUACCGAUUCAACUCCGUCAGAAGAAACAACACAAGAAUCACAAACAACAACGCAAGCUCCAACGGAGCCAGAACCAGAAGAAAUUGAGCCAGAAUGGAAAGUUGUAGCUGCUGUUUUCAUCUCGCUCUUCUGUGGUGCUUGUGUUGUGAUCCUUCUUCUGAUCUUCAAACCGUUCUUAAUGAAACCUACACCAGCUUCAAGUGGACUUGUAUCCAAUGAGCAUCCAAUGUCACGAACAACUCUACCAAGGCUUCAAGUGGAUGCCGAAUCGGGAAUUUCAGGAGUCAAUCGUACAGCAGAAACAAGAUGGCCUUAAGAGUCAAUGGCCACUUUUUAGGUUACUUUACCAGACCUAUACGAUAUUCCUGUGGAUGUAGAUAUUGUGACUCAAUAUCCACUCAAUAAUAUCAAGCUGAAAGAACAUACUCCAAAAAAUGAUUUAUCAACAAUUUGUAUUUAUCAAAAUUAACGUCUAUCAUGUUACAACGUUAAGCUUAUGUCACUAUUUUUUAAUAAAAAUUCUUGAAGAACAA